CGCGGGCAGUCUCAGCGGCUGAGCCAAGCAGGAGGACUCCUGAGAUCCACUAGAUCCCCGGCCCUCCAGACAUGGCCCCAGACUGCCCCGAUCCCCGGCCCUGUGGCCCUGUGGGGGUGCAGGCAGCCUAAGCGCCACCACCCCGAAGCCUGCACUCAUGCCCAUGCCCCGAGGACAGCCGGCUCCUGGUACAGAGGCCAUGCAGGAGGUGCCCCCAGUGGUGGACCUGGUGCUGGGCGCCUCGGCCUGUUGCCUGGCUUGUGUCUUCACCAACCCCCUGGAAGUGGUGAAGACGCGGCUGCAGCUGCAGGGGGAAUUGCAAGCCCGGGGCACCUACCCACGGCCCUACCGGGGCUUGGUGGCCUCGGUGGUGGCCGUGGCCCAGGCCGACGGGCUGUGGGGCCUGCAGAAGGGACUGGCCGCCGGCCUCCUCUACCAAGGCCUCAUGAACAGCGUCCGCUUCUACUGCUACAGCCUGGCGUGCCAGGCCGGCCUCGCCCAGCAGCCCGGGGGCAUCGUGGUCGCGGGGGCCCUGGCCGGGGCCCUGGGAGCCUUCGUGGGGAGCCCCGCUUACCUGGUGAAAACCCAGCUGCAGGCCCAGACGGUGGCCGCGAUGGCCGUGGGGCACCAGCACAACCACCAGACCGUCCUGGGCGCCUUGACGACCAUCUGGCGGCAACAGGGCCUGGCGGGGCUGUGGCGGGGCGUGGGGGGCGCCGUGCCCCGCGUCAUGGUGGGCUCGGCAGCCCAGCUGGCCACCUUCGCCUCCGCCAAGGCCUGGGUGCAGGAGCGGCAGUGGCUCCCGGAGGACAGCUGGCUGGUGGCCCUGGCCGGGGGCAUGAUCAGCAGCGUGGCCGUGGUGGCAGUCAUGACACCCUUCGACGUGGUCAGCACGCGGCUGUACAACCAGCCCGUGGACAGAGCUGGCAGGGGCCGGCUGUACGGGGGCCUCGCCGACUGCCUGGUGAAGAUCUGGCGGCAGGAGGGCCCCCUGGGGCUGUUCAAGGGCCUGAGCCUGACCUACCUGCGCCUGGGCCCCCACACCAUUCUCAGCAUGCUCUUCUGGGACAAGCUCCGGAACCUGGUGGGGUGGGCCCAGCGGCAGGACACUUAGGGGCCCCCCCACCCCACCCCGGGCACUGACACAGCCCUGCACUCAGCCAGGAGUCAAGGCCGCCCCUGCGGGGACUGGCCGUCCCAGAGUGGCCCACGAGUAGGGGAGAGUGUGGCCAGCCCCACAGCCCAGUGGGUGCAGAGCAUCCACCCACGUCCCUGCUCACUCCGCUCCCCUCCAGAAAAUUCCUUUCCCUUUCUGUGUGGUGAUAACGCAUCCCAGAGCCUUACUCAGUGUUACAAUAACUGCUCCUGGCAUGGACGCUCACUCGGAACUGGGCGAUCUACGUGCAUCAGCUCUUUCAAUCCUCCAACAGCAGGAGGCAAGUAAAAUUCCUUUUACCGACGAGGAAGUGGAGGCUCGGAGAAGUGAAGUAAUGACCAAAACCACAUAGUGGCAGAGCCAGGACUGGAACUCAGCAAUGCCCUGGACCUGUGCCCCCAACAAGGGCCCGGCAGGCCCAGGACCGUGGGGGGUGGGAGUGCUCCUGAGGGGUCAUCACCCCCAUGGGAAGACCCUGGGGUGCACUGUGUGGCUGUGGUGUUGUCAUCUGAGGGCAUUUAUCGAGGGCCUCCCAUUGCAGACAUCCUCAUGAUAAUUCCAAAAGGGAGUCCCCAGGGUGCCCAUUGCUCAGAUGAGGACACUGAGGCCCAGGGAGGGGAAGCAACUUGCCCAGUGUGGGUGGCAGCAUUCGAUGUCCUCAUCCUAGGCCCUCUCCCUGGACUCCAACGACACCCCCUUCCCACCAGGGGCAUGUUCUUAAGGCCCUACGCUGAACUUUGGGCUACCAGGGUGGACACUGAGGCCCUUGAAGGGGCAGUCCUGGCCCAGCGUCAGGCAGCCUGAACCCCUUUCCCCACCAUGCCCCAUGUCCUUGAAGAGCGCCCCACUUACCUUCCACACUCCAAACCAAUAAAGUUUUCUAUUUUGUUUACUUCAA